CAAUGAACAUUCAUUAGAUAUUAUGCCAUUGCCAUCACUCUCUCUUUGUCUUUUCUUCCACCGCUCCAACCCAAGUUUCAACACUCUCUCUCUUUCUGCUUUUGUUGUUACAUGACGUUUCUCCCUCAUCCUCACACUUCCAUUGCACUUCCCUCGUUUUCUGCAUCCCCUCUCACUGAUCUCUCCAUAUAUUUGCUUUUUAUGACGCCAUUAAGAACCACACCACUUUGCUUUACAGAGUGUGUGCAGCUGCAAGAUGGGUAAAGCACCUUGUUGUGAGAAACAUGGAGUCAGAAGGGGAGCUUGGACACCUGAAGAAGACCAAUCUUUGGUUGACUACAUCCACAAACAUGGCCAUGGAAGUUGGCGUUCACUUCCCAAACAUGCAGGUCUCCUACGAUGUGGAAAAAGCUGUCGGCUUCGGUGGAUAAACUAUCUUCGUCCUGGCAUCAAGCGUGGCCCAUUUACUAGUGAAGAAGAAAGUACAAUUGUUCAACUUCAUGGCAUGCUUGGCAACAGGUGGGCUUCUAUAGCAUCCCAACUACCUGGAAGAACAGACAAUGAGAUUAAGAACUACUGGAAUACCCAUCUGAAGAAGCGUCUCCUUCGAUCAUGUUAUUCCCAAAGAGCAAAACAGCUAUGUGUGAUUCCUGAUCCAACGAUUGUGAAGUCUGAAUCUCCUUCGACGCGUCACAUGGUACAAUGGGAGAGUGUGAGAGUUGAGGCAGAGGCAAGGUUGUCAAUGGAAUCCACAAUGCUCAAUUCAUGGCCAACGAGUAAAACAUGCCCUGAUCACUUUCUUCAACUUUGGAAUUCAGAGGUUGGAAAGUCAUUUCGCAUGAUCAAGGGAAAGGAAGAAGGAGUAGUGAGUCAAAGCCUUGUCUCACAACCUUCAUCCUCAUCAAAAUUGGAGUCUUGUUCAGAUGUGUCAUUGCAGGUGAAAAACAACACUGGAAAUAGUAGUUGCAUUCCAAAGCUGGAGGAUGUGAGCAUGGUUCAUGAACAAACAAGUAGCUACAAACCAAAGCUUGAUGAUGACACAGCUGGUUCUGACUCAGGCAAUUAUGAAUUUCUUGAUACUUCUGAUUCAACACUGAAGCACCUUCUACAUAUGCCUGAUAGUGAUAUGGGAUUCUUGGGACAGAAUGAUCAUUUCCAAAAUCUCCUUGAUGGUACAUGUGACUAAGAUAGUCUCCUUCAGUUGAACUGAUAGGAAAAUUUUCUUUGCCUUUUCUUCUUUUUUGUAAAUGCACUCACCAUGUAGCUGGUUUUCAAUAGUUGGUCUAGAAGGGAAAAAAGGUAGAUAGAAGAAAAGUUGCUUAGAGAUCAAGUUUUACCCUCCACUUGAUAGCAGUAGCUAAAAGUUAACAUUAAUGAAUUCAGAGUUAAUGAUAUUGUUCUUGCCCU